AUGGACCAACAGCACCGCCACGUUGGCACCACCAGCGCAUCUAACACUCCCGUGCUCCGCUGUCCAACCGUGCGCACCCUCCCCUUCGCUCGUCUGGUCGCUGCCUCCCGCCGUCGCCUCUUUCUCUCCGACUGCGCUGACCGUCAAUCCGACGACGACGCUGAGUGCGGGUACUCCCGCGCUGUGCUGGUCCUCGACAUGGUUUGGAACCUCGCCUUCGUAGUCGUGGCCGCCAGUGUCCUCCUCUCCACUCUCCGGGAGCGGCCGUCCACGCCGCUCAGACUCUGGCUCUGCGGCUACGCUUUCGAGUGCGUUCUCCAUAUGGCUUUCGUCUUCCUCGAGUUCCAAACCGGAGUUCACGGUUCCUUCUCGCACACUACCUAUAGCUUUGUGAAGAAGCUAGAGCCUAUGAACACUGUGGCAUCUUCUAUUUGGUGGGUGAUUGGAUUUUACUGGAUUGUUGUGGGUGGCCAAGCACUUUUGGAAGAUUCUCCGCGGCUCUACUGGUUAACUGUGGUCUUCCUGGCCUUUGACAUAUUUUUUAUCAUCUUUUGCAUUGGGAUGGCCUGUAUAGUUUUCUUUGCUCUCUUCUGCAUCAUCCCAAUAAUAGCACUAGCUUAUGCUAUGAGAAUCAGAGAAGGCGCAUCCGAAGAAGAUAUCAGGUCACUUCCUAUGUAUAGGUUUAGUAAGUCAAAUUCAUUGGUGAUGGUCGAUGAGAACAAGAAGCUACUUGUUAAUGCAAGAGUAGAUUCAUGCAGUGGAAGCCAUAUGAGUGAAGUUUCUCUCAAUCCAGAUGAUUCUGAAUGCUGUAUCUGCCUAUGCCCAUAUGCUGAUGGAUCAGAAGUGUAUCGGCUUCCGUGUACCCACCAUUUUCACUGUGAAUGCGUAGGCCGUUGGCUUCGAACAAAAGCAACCUGCCCGCUCUGCAAAUUUAAUAUCCUUAGAGGUGAUACAUUGGUUUGA